UGAUCAAGACACGCCUGUUCUAGUGCUCUUCAUCUGACUUGUACCUGUCAGUGUGUGCAACGUGGGCUUUCCAAGAUCUCGAGCGCCAUUUGAAUUCGAGUCUUUGGGAUAGUGGAAUAUCAUUUCAUUCCUUUUCUUUAUUCUGUGUCUAUACAUAUUCCAGCCUGGCCGCGGUAUAUACUGAAACCAUUCGGGAAUUAGAGAGAGGAGCUUAAACUGGAAUAUUCAAAGAGCACGCGCAUUCACACGUCAUGACACUUCUUGUGGAAAAUCCAAUGACUAUCAAUGACCCCGGAAAUGGCGUCUUCAAAGUACCUCCAUUCCUCUCACACUCUGAGAAAAAACCCUGUCUGAAGAAUCCUAAUCGUAUGGUGGGAAGGAAGUACGUGAACAGAACAAAUCAAGAGGAGAGCCAAGGAAAAGAACAUGAAACGAGACUUGGUAGGUUCGUUUCUUUGGAAAACGGCAAGAUUUUCUGCAAUACAGAUGUGAAUGAAAUUGAGAGGCAGGAGUAUACUCUUGAAUCUCAUGUGCGCAAAAAUAGCGAAGAUGAUACGACAGAAAUAAAGUCAAAAAUCGACGAACAGGACGAAGACGUCCAUAUGGAGUCAUGUGAUGGACCACAGACACGAAAAAAUCCGUUUGAAACAUCAAAGAUUCACGACUGUCUGUUAUGCUGCACGAAUGGCCACUUCAGAACGACCACAGGACCCUUCAGCGAGUUCGAGUCCAAUUGCGGAUGCACGACUCACGACCUGGUGGACUGGACGACCCGCGUCACGUGGUGCAGCCUCUCCCUCAGACAUCAGUACAAGGUGCACGAAGUCACGACCCUGAGUUCUUACAGAUCCCAAGACGACAACAGAGUCCUUCCGUUUAGUCGUGUUGGGUUUCACGACGUUCAAAACCCAAAGGCCUUCGGUUCUUCUAUUGCAUCUCCUGCCCAAGGCGUAAAUGGAACCAGCAAUGAGGAUGCGCAACAUAAAUCAGUAUUAAGGGAAUUGCUAGACACUUCGCCGAACAUCAAAGAAGCGAACGAAGUCCCGCUAAAAUACGAGACUUAGAGGCCGUACGUCUGCCCCCAUCCUGGAUGCAGGCGAUCCUUCUGCCGGAACGAGGAACUGACCCGACACAUGCGGAUCCACUCGGGACACCGACCUUUCCUAUGUAUGACCUGCAACCGGCGGUUCGUCCGGAGAGACCACCUGGCCAAGCACGAGCGGACUCACCUUCCUCCUGAUGACAAGCGCACCUACGAGUGUCCCCUGCCCGCCUGCGCUCACAGGU